AUGGACGUGGAUAUGACACCGCAAAAACAGUGGGAACGCAUCAAAUCGGUGACUAGAAAGGUUAUCCAAAAGUUUGGAGUGAAACAUGUGAACUGGCGUAGGAUGAGUAUCAAGCAUAUGGAACGCAAACGGAAUCGACUAUUGAGAUCCAAGCCUCCCAAAGCUACUCUCCGCAUCCUACUGCCAAGGAUUGACUCUAUGUUACAGAUAUUACAACAGGAACUGAUGGAUAUUGCUGCACUCAAGGCUGGGGACACUUGGCUUGAGAAAGGGGAGAAAUCCGCUGGGUACUUGAAGCGACUACAUCAAAAACAAACAUCUCAACAGUACAUAGCUUCAUUACAAGCCUCCGACUCCUACAGAGAUCGAGGCGAUGGUGGACCAAGUGCUGAGGUCCCUCAAGAGGUGGUGAACAAUGACGUUGUUACCGGGAACUCGUCAACAGAUGCGGCUCAAGGCGAUCUGGGUGAUACUGCAGUGGCUCACGGUGAUGCUGGUGAUGCUGGUGAUGCUGGUGAUGCUGGUGAUACUGGUGGUGCAGACAAUAUUGGUGUCGAGCAAGAUGAAACGAGGCUAUCUCUGGAUGGACUGAGUACUGACUCCUCUGACAAUGAUUUCGAAUCAGAUCGUGAUGAGGUGGAUCAGGUAGGCACAGAGACUUCGGGUGAGCAGCCUUGGGUAUCCGGCAAUACUGAAGAUAUGAAAUCGUUCGCAUGGCAUUUUUAUACCGACCUACACAAAGCAGAUCAUGUAGAGCCUAGUGACAUUGAGGCAUAUUUGGACACUGUGACAUUUGAGAAAGUGCUGACCGUUGAUGAACAGCAAUCGUUGAUGGAUCCCAUUACUCUGGAUGAGCUGCUGCAGCAGGCAAAUCGUUCAACAAAGGCCGCAGCUCCUGGUAGUGAUGGUCUGGCCUACCCUUUUCUAUCGCUCCUAUUUCAAAUGACCCGUUUGAAAGAGCUUGUCCUUCGGCUGUACAAUGAUGCUCUCAAGGGUAUCUUUCCCUCUUCCUGGCAUGAUCUGCGUAUUCGUUUACUACCCAAGAAGGGCCUACUUGCGUUGCUCAAAAAUUGGGUGUGGUACAGUCUGCGCAUGCUGAAGCCUACCAAACGGUUUGUAGAGAACGUAAAGUCCUGUGUUUAUCAAUUUGUCUGGAAGAAGAAGCGGCCAUUACUACGCAAAGAACUUAUAUUCCUACCCAAGUCCAGAGGUGGUCUUGCUGUUCUCAACCCUUCUCUUCAACAAUUGAUCCUCCAAACACGCUGGCUCAAUUACCUCGUUGAACCGCAGAAAUAUCUGUCCUUCCUGCGUCCCUUCAUGCUCUAUCACGUAUCACUGCUACCGGCGUCAUCAGAGUUUCCUUACUUGGCCUUCGUCGAUGCUGAAUACCGCAAGUCCUCCCUGAUACACAAGGAUCUUUCUAUUUGGCAUUCUAUCUUCGCCAUGUAUAACUAUUUUGAUUUCAGUGGACUUCAACAAGUGGAUUUCCUUCCGGUUCAGACCAUCCUGCAAUUGCCUUUGCGCAAGCUUCUCAUAGGCCUUAGCGAUGAUCACUGA